UGUUUGGUAAUUUAAAACGGUCACUCUAAGUUACAAAUUACCGCGAGAUACGUUCAACAAUUUAGUUUUUUUAUGAUAUUCUAUGUAAGUUCGACAUGUCCAUGAAUUCUCAUACUUUGGACUUCACAAUGGAUUUGGAGAACAACAAUACGCCAUUAACCGGCAAAGAACCCGAAAAAUGUGCGGAAAAAAGAAAAUAUGUAAACAGAGAUGAAAAGCAAGGGGAAACCAAAAGACUGAAAAAUGAGGAACCAAAUGUGGAGACCACAAGCCGUCCGCCCGCGCAUAGCCCCAAAAAACGCCUCCAACUGAACGGAAAGACCAAGCACAACAAGGAUGUUAACUUCACGUACGGCAACUACAAACACUACUACGGCAAGCGCAUCCUGGACAAGGACUUUCACGACAUACGCCUGGACGUGCUUGGUACGCAGCCGGAUUUGUUUCGGGGCAAGCAGCUGCUGGACAUCGGCUGCAACUCUGGGCACAUGUCUAUAGAGAUUGCCAGGAAAUUCGAGGUCAAAAGCCUCGUCGGCCUGGACAUAGAUCGUGGCCUGGUGAAGGAUGCGCAAAACACUGUUAGUCACAUGAAGCGUCAGGCAACUCCGGGGCAAGCGAUACCCCACAUACAAUUUGUGCACGGGAACUACGUCCUAGAGGACGACGUCCUGCUCGAGAUUGAGCGGCCGCAGUUCGACGUAAUACUUUGUCUGUCUGUCACUAAGUGGAUCCACCUUAAUUUCUGUGAUUCCGGCCUGAAGCAGGCCUUCAGACGCAUGUACCUGCAGCUGCGCCCAGGCGGCAAGCUGAUCCUGGAACCUCAGUCCUUUGACGGCUACAAGAGGCGCAAGAAGCUAUCGGAACAAAUCAGAAAUAACUACAAUGCAAUUAAAUUCCGACCUGAGCACUUCACCGAAUAUCUGCUUAGCCCGGAAGUGGGCUUUGCCGAAAUGGAACUUAUGGGCGUACCGGAGCACUGCGAAGUAGGAUUCAAGCGACCAAUCCAGAUUUUCACAAGGUCAUAGAAAAAAAAAACACAAGAAAUGAAAA